CACACGUGCAUGAGUAUGAAGCCGUAAUUCUUCGCAGUUGCCAACCGAGGGAACCGGGGCUUGUCGUGAUGAUGUCUAGACUUCACGCAUGAAAACCCACAGUGACUUUCUAUUUUUGAUAAAUGAAACACUUUAAAGGCGCCUCUGGGUAGAGAGACAGGCAAUGCCAGACAGCGAUGCUCUGACAGUGGAGGCAAGAUGUUCAGCUCCCUGGGAAUUCUGGGAGCACUCCUGGAGAGCAGGAUCGCCCGUCGUGUUACUUGCAGUUCAUUUCUGGCAGGGAGAAGCAACGUCUGUCUCCACGCCAGACUUGACACAGCGGGUGACCGAGAGCGAAACGCGAUAGGGUGUCGAUGUCUACCCACUCUCGCACGUCAUUAGCUGAGAGCAGACAUCUCCACAACCUCCCGUCCCUCUCUCCUCCUUUCCCUGCCCGUGCCCGCGCACGCAGGUGCUGCUGCCGGCGGCGGGGGCGCGCUGGAUGACGUAAGGGGCGCGCCCGCACAGCGGUGAUGGCGGUGCGUGAACGCGCAGCGGCAGUAAUGGCUGCUCUGGAGCGGCGGUUUCCCAGUCUCGAUGAUUUCGCAGGCCAGAGCUGGAGCUCCUGGGUGGAGAGGGCGGCCUUGCCCGCAUCGGAAGGCGGGGGCGAAGUGGAGGAGUGCGGCAAGUCCGGGCGGAAGCGGCAGGAGGCCAUGACCCUGAGGAAGGAAGACAUGUCCAUCUUUGGGCACUGCCCGGCACACGAUGACUUCUACCUGGUGGUGUGUGGUCACUGCAGCCAGGUGGUCAAGCCACAGGCCUUCGAGAAGCACUGUGAGAAGAGGCACGGACCGCUCGGCAAGCUGUACAGCCGUCUGCAGCUGUCCCCCUCCGCGCCCCCACAUCGAUCACGCCUCGGGCACCCGCCCUCUCUCCACGGGACGCCCAGAGCUGUGCGGGACAGGCCACAAGGGGCGCCCCCCCCCCGAGCCCCGCCGCAGCCCCACCCCCCUGUGCUCCAGCAGAGGAACGCCAAGGGGCAGAGGGAGGGAAGCUGCUUGUUUACAUCGGCAGGGUCCUCGGAGAAGCAGUCGUCCGUGUCUCUGCCUGACAGCUCCAGUGUGAAGCCACCCCCUCCUCCGGAGUCUCCCCAGGCCUCCCCGUCUCCCAGCCCCCGAGACACGCCGCCCAAGGGAACCCCGCCUUCGGAGAAACAGCUUGCCCGGCGAGGGGAGCCAAGUCGGACGCCCGAAACCCUGGGCGCCCUCUCAAGUGGGCAGAAGAAUUACAAGAAGGCUUCCAGGAAAGAGUGUGACCUGGACAAGCACUGUGGGGUGAUGGACCCCGAGAGGAAGAAGCUGUGCACCAGACUGCUCACCUGUAAUAUCCAUUCCAUCCACCAGCGGCGGAAAGUGCCGGGCCGGACCAAGAGCUUCGACCUGCUGGUGGCGGAGCUGAAGAAUGGAGCACGGACCCGGGAGAGGGGGGUCCCGGUCCGGGAGAGACCCAGCGGGGCUGUGCCCAGCCCGGAGACCCCCGGCCCUCAACUGGGAGCCCCACACGGCCGGGGCAGGCUCGCCAACUGCACGGCGCCCAGGUCCUGGGCGUCUUCGGAGAGCGGGGCGGAGGAGGACAGCAGUGGGGUGGAGCCGCAGGGCACGGAGCCCAUGUCACCCCCCCAGCACAGCCGGCUGUCCAGCGAGGAGAGCGAGGGCGAGGGGCUGGAGGAGCCGUCCGAUUGGAGCUACAGCCCCUGGCAUCCCAAGCCACUGGGGGUCUGCUCGUUCGGCAGCCACGCGCUGGGCCGCGGCAUCUUCACCUUCGACCGGCGGCUCCACCGCCUGCGCGCCGCGCUCAGCAGCAUGGUGGAGCGGCACCUCAACUCGCACCUGUGGAAGAAAAUACCUCAAGCGGCAGACCUGCAGUCACCGCGUACCUCGGCUCCUCACCCUGCGUCAUCCUCUCCCACCUUCUCGCCCCGGAAUUCCUCGGCUCCUGCCGGCAGCGCCAGCCUUCCGAGCGCCUCUCCCCUCCGGACUUCCUCCUCCUGCUUGACGUCUUCUGCCUUUGCCCGAGAGACCAGGCCUCAGCCGUGCCCAGCAGCUUCCCCCAGCCCCGGCACGGCUUGCGGCCCCCCAGACAGCGUGGGCGGGGGCGGGCAGUCCAUCACCUCGCCGCUGCCGGCCAACACCCCCUCACCCUCGGGCCCCAGCCGGGCCCCAACGCCUGCUGGCAAAGCCAGCAAGCCGUCCCGCCAGAAGGAGAGGCCCAGCCCGGAGCACGUCACCUCCUCCAGGAAACGGAAACGGCAAAGGCCUCCCUUGUCCAGUGAGGACCCCCCCAGCCAUGAGAGGAACUGUGUGGCUCAGGAGAGGGGCCGGACUCCUGUAUCGGUGUCCUCGGAAGACCCCACAAGGACUGCCCCCUGCCACCACGGACCAAUCAAUGGGUCCCUCUCCCCAGGCAAGCCACGCCCCCCGCCAGAGCCUCCCUCUUCGCCCAGCCAGACCAGGCGUGGAACUCCGCCCCCUCGGCAAGCCCCUCCCCCAGACCCUAGCUCGCGGGGUCGGGGGGCUAGUCCCAGCAUGCACAGCAAGGCCGUCAGCUAUGACCACAAGGGCCUGGGCAAGAAACGGAAGAGUGGCACCCCACCUUCCCCCGCCGAGCCCCGGGCCCACAAGCCGCACCGCACACCCCACUCCCCCCAUGCCAGCCUCUUCCCGUGGAAGAAAGAUGGCAGGGGAGGGGGGGGCCUCGCCGCUGGGCUGGAGAGGAAACUGGGCGCACAGAAGCCGAACCUGCAUCACUGAGAGUGCCUGCCUUUCGAGCCACCAGGAGACGACCCGUUUCUGUGUGUGGACAGGGGCCCUGGGACUGUGUGCUUGUGAGUG